GAUUUGACAACACUAAUAUGGGGACAUCGCUGUUGUUGGCUUGUAUUGGACUGCUUAGCUUUGUCGGUCAACUGGUCUGUGAUCAGCAUCAACAGCAGCAACAGCAUCAACAGCAGCAACAACAGAAACAGCAGCAGCAAUUACUAUUGUCUUCAGCAGCGAAGGAAUUCGUAGAAAAGUUGUAUGAGUAUGACUCUUUAAGACCUAAAAUAGUUUACUCUCCUUACAGCAUACACAGGGCUUUGACUAUGACGUCACUCGGUGCAAGGGGACUUAACGCUGAAGAAAUGAAAGAAGUACUCUGCAUUACGUCCCUUGGUGAUUCGGUGCAUUCUCUUUACAGGGAGCUUACCCAAGAGCUUUCUUCGCGGACUGACGUUACGAUCCAGAUUGGACUCGGUCUCUAUAUUAACCCUUUCUACUCGAUUCGGCCAGAUUUUUCUGAGAGCGUCGCCAGGAAUUAUUUUUCGGAAGUCGCCCAUUUCAACCUGACAGCUGACGGAGGUGCAGAGAGACCAAUUAACGACUAUUUGUUAUCCAAGACACCCAGCUUGACUUGGAGACCGCUUAUAGAUGAUUCCAUUGAGCCCGACACAUCCAUGAUUUUAGUCAACACGGUCGCCUUUAACGGCGCCUGGAGGACAGCGUUUGAUUCACGCUUGACAAGAACAGAACCGCUGAUGCUGUCGUCUCAUUCGGGGAAAGAGGUGGAAAUGAUGCAUGGUGACAUGACUAUCAACUACAAAAGAGAUACACUGAACCGUGUCGAUAUAGCAGAGCUUCCAUUUGUUGGGGACAGAUUCACGUUCUUCAUUGUUUUGCCGAUGAGUGUUGGUGGUCUUAAAAAAUUAGGCAUGUAUUUGUUUCAUUCAAACUCAAUAACAGAAUAG